GCUGACACGCCUUCACCUGAGCAAACAUGAGGAACAAUCAUUUGAUUAACAGAUGAGCAGAACAGGAAGAACUACUUUCUUCAUCUUACUGGAAACGAUCGGUUUUCCAAACUUGCCACGACAAGUUUCUAAACACCUGAAUCAAAUGACUCGUUGAUAUCAGUCUGAAUCUCUGUGUCCUCUCACAGAGGUAGAGGUGUCAAGUAACGAAAUACUUUGUUACCUUACUUAAGUAGACAUUUUUGGUAUCUAUACUUUACUGGAGUAUUUAUUAUUCAGACGACUUUUUACUUCUACUCCUUACAUUUUCACGCAAAUAUCUGUACUUUCUACUCCUUACAUUUUAAAAAUAGCCUCGUUACUCCUAUUUCAUUUUGGCCUGUUUUCAUUCCGGUUUGUUAUCUUUCAAAAACACACACAACAAAAACCCUUUUUUUUUGUGAGACAUUAAACACACACAACGAACGAGGAGAGUUUGAUCAGUAAAAUUUAGACAUUGCCAUUAAUUCAGGAUGUUUUCUAGAAAUGGAAAUGAUCAGAAUGUCUUCAGGACAAAGGGCAGUGAAAAUAUGAUUGUUUUAAAAAAAGUGGUCCACUUACUUUUUCCACUUUAAAACUACCAUAACAACACAUGUUGUAAUAGUUAAAAUCCCGACAGCUACAUUGACAACCACUAAUAUCGGACUAGUAACAGAAUCAUGGGGGUUGGUCAAUUAAGCACAUUUAUGAUUAUAAUUAUUCAUGUGAUCUCUUGCACACCCUAGCUUACCGGCACAUUGUUUCUCUGUCCAAUUGGCAGGGACAGGGAUUUGUUUUUCUCUGCGUAUUCAAAUGCCAGUGUUUGACAAGCUCCUCCUCCAUCUCAUCUGUGAAUAUUCUCUUUACCUCAGCUACUGCACCCCAGGCCACUGAUUUUACUUUCCCUUUCUCUUUUUUCUUUAUGAAUCUUUUGAUGGUUGUCUUAUCAAUAUUUCUGCACUCUCCAUCUCUGCGAGGGGUGUUUGGCCCCAGGUUGUCUUCCUGGUGUAUGUUUGUUGGCAUGAUGGCUUUUCUACAAUGUUUAUGACAUUAAAAAUAAAACAUAUGUAAUGUCAUAUUACACUAAAAUAUGUUUAAGACUAAACUUAACUUGUGCUUCAUGUCUCACUUUACCCCACAGCCACUGUUUUAGAAAAACAACAUCUCUUAGCAAUUCAGGCUAAUCUUCAGCUAGCAUCAAUCACAUGGUUUUAUAUGUUGGAAGUUCACCAACAUGUAUGAUAUAAGUUUUUCUACCUGAUUCAAUUUGUUUUGACACAACAGUUGAUUAAGUUCAAAGCAAGAAAAUUAACUUUUACUUUUACUUUUACGAAAAAGCAUACUUUCCACAGCACCAGCUUCACCGUGUCAACACAAAACUCUGGGAGAGGUGAACAGGACAGACCGGUCCCGAGGGGCGGUGACACGAAGUAUAAAAGCUGAGCUGCUUAGUCCCAGAGAGGUUUUAUUCCCUGCAGAGAAGACACACAAAAUAAGCAUACUUUCCACAGCACCAGCUUCACCGUGUCAACACAAAACUGUGGGAGAGGUGAACAGGACAGACCGGUCCCGAGGGGCGGUGACACGAAGUAUUAAAGCAGCUGUUCCAGGAUUUUUUUUUCUGAGGGUUUUAUUCCCCACAGAGAGGAUACAAAACUGGAGAGGCAGGAUGAUCCCCUGGAUCCUGCUGAGCAUAAUCCUGACCUCCUGUGUCUGUGGAACAUUAGUUGUCAAUGUGAAGCAGCCUCGCUAUCAGGCAGAGGUUGACAAAAACGUAACUUUGGAAUGGACCUUCACAGCUGAAACCCCAAGAUCCUCCAACGCUCUCUCUAUCAUCUGUGAUCAGACGGUCAACCGGAGAGACUCAAAGAUCCUGUAUCACCUGCACAAGGGCAUCGAGGUCCAAGGGUCUCAGGAUCAGCAGUUUUCAGGACGAGUCCAGUGUGAUGAAGAGGUCCUCAGAGAAGGACGCCUCAGACUUCAUGUGUCCAGAAUCAGGAGUGAAGACUCAGGCCAGUACGUGUGUGAAGUCAACAGGGAUCAUGAUGGAAACUAUGGGAAAUGUCAACUGGUCGUCAUCAAGGCCGCUGAUCAGCCCAAAGCCGAGAGACCAACUGUGACUUCACAACCAGAGGGAGAGAUGGAACUGUUCAUCCCACUGUGUGUGGCUGCAGCUGUUCUAGUUCUAGUUCUCACAACAGUUGUGAUUACAGCAGCUCUACUGGUCAAACGCCGCUCUGCUUCCAAAACAUCUAUUAGUGAGACAGAAGAGCACCUAGCGAGAGAAAAGGUCGGUCACCCAGAGUGUGGUCUUCUCUCUGCCUCUACGUCUCUUCACCCUGUUGGUCUGUGAUCCUGCUCCGGCCUCCUCCCACAUUGGGUUUGAUAAAACCAGUAGAAGGGUCCCAAUCAACAGGAGAGUUCAGACUCAUAGUAGCAGCUGGGAGAACCACAGGGUGACCGAUGAACUAAUUAACUGAAAUCUUUAAGGAAGAAAUAAACAUUAACACUACAGUGAUUACUAAAUCAAAAACAAUAUUAAGGCUAAAUAAUAUAAUAAAUAUAAUAAUAUAAGUAAUACAAUAAAUAGUGUAAUAAAAUCUAUCAUUUUCAACAGCAGGAUUUCCUGAAAGGAUGAAAACAGACAAAGUGAUUUCACUUUAUAAACCUGCAGAUAAACUACAGACCAGUAUCCUUGCUUCCACAAUUAAAACAAAUAUUACAGAAAUGAUGGACCCAGGCUUUACCAAUUCAUAGAUGGAUACAUUAUUUUAACUAGUGGUCAAUAUAGUUACCGGUGAUAAAAUGUAUUGGCUGUAAUUAAGAGUGGGAGUGUCCGCAGCACAGGACGCCCUGAAAUCUACACAUCCAAUUAAAGAGCAGCCUCAGGUCACAUGGUUGUUAAAAGUAUCAGGAACCAGAUUCACUUUGGUUCAGCCGGCAUCCUGCACCAGGUAAUCUGUACCUACAGAAACUAACCAAAUACAAUCUGAAGACAACUUAUGUUGAAGGCUCACAGGUUCUUACUGUCUACCAGGAAAACUGUACGAAUAAGCUAAUAUUAUAUAAUUGAACUAUGUCAAUAUAGUUUGUUUGUCUCAGGAUGUUGGAGGGGGUGGUGCCCCAGUGCCCCGUAUGAACCAGCUGCCACUGGAUCAUACCAUAUGUAGCAAACAUGGCAUCAGAGGGGUGGCAGAUCAUACUUUAAAGGGAUUGUUCACCCAAAAAGGAUAAUUCACUUAUUAUCUACUCACCACUAGGGGGGGUGAAGUGUUUGAGUCCACAACACAUUUCUGGGGUAAAUAGAGAAGCAGCCGGAUCCAAUACAACUGGAGAUAUUGGAGACUUAUUUUCAGACGUGAUAGAACAACAGAAAAACAACAUAACUUGCCUCCAUGCUGCUCGUGUGGUGUCAUCCAAGUGUCUGUAAGCCCCGACGUUCAAAUUCGACUUGAAACGAGGUCGUUCACACCGAGUUUUAAUCCUAGAAGUUCAACACAAGUUGUGACUGACUUCACCUGGAAGACACCAGAGGACAUUUAGGAUAAAACACAGUGUAGACGACACCGUUUCAAAUUUUUGGGUGAACUAUCCCUUUAAAGCAUGACACAGUUGUCCCUCAUGUUACAAACUGUUUCUUCUAAUACGUGUUGAAAAGAUCUUUUGUUUUGUUGAUGUGUUCAGUUACAUGCAGCAUAUUUUGCAUUAAGUGACUCUUACUGAGGUUUCUACUUAUCUUUCCUCUGUUAACUGUUAGUUUGACUCUUGUUGAGGGUUAAGAACAGGGUAAGUCACACCUUGUUAAGCCCUAUGAGCCAAACUGUGAUUUUGAAAUAUGGGCCAUACAAAUACAACUUGUUUGUUCAGAUAAACAUUAAAAAUCUGUCUAUGUAUCCAAACUGUUAAAGUGUAUUCUGUUUCUGAAA